AUUCUUUGUGCAUUGGGUUCAAGCCAUAUUCCCUCGCUAUGAGAGCCUAUCUACGGUGCUAUUAAGCAGGUUCCUAGAUGUGUUCCAUUCCGAAGAAGAUAACUGUAUCUCCGAGUCGAUCUCCAGCUAUGGUUGGUAGCAUCAAAUUGCUAAUAGCUCCACAUGCAAUUGGUGGCACUUAUCAACGGGCUUUAAGAAGCUUAUCAUCUUCAUUCCCGACUGUUCGUGCGCCCCACAACUAUGUCGACACACUCACAACAACAUGGCGAGAAGUUCUUUGACGAGAAGGACGUCGAAGUCGUCUCCAUCAAUGUCGUUGACUCCGGUGCCGAUAUCAUCGAUUUUGAGGAGAAGAAGGAUCUCAAACGGGGUUUGGGGCAGAGACAUAUCCAGAUGAUUGCCUUAGCCGGGACGAUAGGAACAGGUCUCUUCCUCGGUUCAGGGCGAGCUAUUACCAAUGGUGGUCCUGUAGGUGCACUUAUGGGUUACACCUUCGUUGGCAUCCUCGUCUCGUGUGUCGUAAUAUCGCAGGUCGAACUCGCCGCACUGGUCCCUCUCUCCGGUUCCAUCGUCCGCCACGCUGAGUAUUUCUUCGACCCAGCUUUGUCCUUUGCGCAAGGCUGGAACAGCGUCUAUUCGAAUUGUGUCAGCCUUCCAGCGGAAAUCACCGCUGGUGCGGUCCUUAUACAAUAUUGGACGACCAUCAGCAAUGGACUAUGGAUCACGAUUUUGGGUUUGCUGCUCGUCGUGUCCAAUCUCAUGUUCGUGAGGGUGUAUGGAGAGCUCGAGUUUGGUUUUGCCAUGCUCAAGAUUAUGCUUAUCGUGGGCUUGAUCAUUAUGGGCUUAGUCAUUGAUCUCGGUGGAGGCCCUGGCCAUCAUAGAUACGCGUUCCAAUACUGGAGAAAUCCUGGUCCUUUCGUUCAAUACCUUGGCAUUGACGGCUCCCUCGGAGGCUUCCUUGGCUUCUGGACGACCUUCUCCAACGCUGCGUACGCCUAUGGUGGAGUCGAAGGUGUCGCCAACACCGCCGCAGAGACCCAGAACCCACGUCGGAAUAUCCCUCUCGCAGCCAAACGCAUCUUUUGGCGGGUCCUCAUUUUCUAUGUCAUUGCUAUCUUUGUCGUUACACUCAUCGUACCCUCGAAUGACGCCAACCUCCUCCGCAGCUCCGGAAAUGCCUCCCAAUCUCCGUUCGUCAUCGCUGCAACGAAUGCGGGGAUUGCAGUAGUACCACAUAUUAUCAAUGCUGUCGUCCUUACCUCGGCGUGGUCUGCUGGCAAUUCGGGAUUGCUCAAUGGCUCGAGGAAUCUCUAUGGUAUGGCGCGCGAGAACCAUACUCCCAAGAUUUUCCUCAGAGUCAAUCGAUUUGGUGUUCCUUAUGUUGCGGUUCUGUUCUUAUCGGCAUUCUUGUGCUUGGCGUAUAUGACACUUUCGGACAAUGCUUCGACUGUAUUUUCUUGGUUCCAGGAUCUGUGUUCAUCUGCUAUCUUGGUACACUGGACGAUCAUCUGCGCAGUCUAUCUGAGAUUCUAUUAUGGCAUGAAGAAACAGCAUAUUUCGCGCACCGAGUUGCCCUGGAAAGCCCCGUUCCAGCCGUAUGCUGCCUGGAUAGGCCUUAUUUCCUUCCUCAUCAUCCUUCUCACGGGGGGCUACGCGGUCUUCAUCCAUGGCCACUGGGAUACGGAGACGUUCUUCUCUGCAUACUUCAAUAUCCCUCUCAUCUUCACCCUCUUCUUUGGCUACAAGUUCCUGGCGAAGACUAAGAUGGUGCGAUUGGAUGAGAUGCCGAUUCAGAAGUAUAUCGAUAUCGCGAAGGAGAACCCUGAGCCUCCGGCGAAGCCUGUUAAGGGAUGGAAGCGGGUUAAUAUCCUGUGGAGUUGAUCGAGUUUUCGAUGGGAUAUUCUAUGGAUUUAUUCUUAUAAACUACCAGAUAUGUGAACGUGAU